AGCUGGUCUAACGGCAGGUGCAAGAGAGACAGUGGUUACGUAUCCUGCUUCCUUCCGAGGUUCACAGCAAAAUAACCCCAAGGGAUAUCACUGCCUCAACCGUCCAACAACACGAAACAGAGGCAGUCAUAAGUCAAUUGCUUGAGACCAAACCGUGAGAGUGCAAGGAAGUGACAAAAGAACCACUCAGCCCAACUAGCCAAGAGUGUAAAACUCACCAACAUGGCGCCCCUGGUCCCGCGGAUGCAUCUCUUUGAGAUUGAUGACCAGCCAUGGUUCCCUCCCUGGUUCCGCGCCAAGGUCCAAGCCGCCCUCACCCAGACCUGGAACUCCCAGAUCCCCCUCCUGCAGCCCGUCUCCCCGGCCAGGAUGGUCUCGCGCCUGCUGCAGGCCCACCUGGGCGACAGGCUCGCAGACCACGUCUUCGUCGACUUCUGCGCCGGCGGCGGCGGGCCCACCCCCAGCAUCGAGAGGUACAUCAACCAGGACACCAGCCAGGGGCCAGUCCAGUUCGUCCUGACAGACCUCCACCCUCACAUCGAGAACUGGACGCGCGCCUCCCGCCGCUCGCCAAACAUCCACUUCUCCCCGUCCCAGAUAGACGCCUCGGACGCGCCCCCGGACCUCCUGGCCAACCACCUCAACACCAACAACGCCCUGGGCAGCGGCAAGAAGCAAUUCCGCCUCUUCAACCUGGCCUUCCACCACUUCGACGACCCCCUCGCGAGGCGCAUCCUGGCCAACACCCUCCAGACGUCCGACGGCUUCGCCAUCUUCGAGCUGCAGGACCGCUCCCUGCGCGCCUUCCUGGCCUGCUGCCUCCUCGGCGUCGGCGUCCUGCUGUCCGCGCCCCUCUUCGCCUGGCGCUGGCGCAGCCCCGGCACCCUCUUCUGGUCCUGGGUGGUCCCCGUGCUGCCCUUCGUGCUCGUCUACGACGGCUGGGUCUCGUCCCUGCGCACGAGGACCCCCGACGAGGUCGAGGCGCUGCUGAGGACGUGUGGCGCCGGCGAGGACGAGGUUUCCCAGUGGGAGAUGCGCAGUGGGAGGGAGUGCCACCUACCUCCUGUUGCGGAUCUGAACUGGAUUAUAUGUACCAAGAAGACCCGGGGUUGAGGCGAG